AUGAAAAGUACGUGGCUCGAAAAGGAGAAAGGAUCAGGGGGACAGAGGGACAGGGAGGGGGGAGAGUCAGGGGGGACAGGGAGGGGGGAGAGACAGGGGGGACAGGGAGGGGGGAGAGACAGGGGGGACAGGGAGGGGGGAGAGACAGGGGGGACAGGGGGACAGGGAGGGGAGAGAGUCAGGGGGGACAGGGAGGGGGGAGAGACAGGGGGGACAGGGAGGGGGGAGAGACAGGGGGGACAGGGAGGGGGGAGAGACAGGGGGGACAGGGGGACAGGGAGGGGAGAGAGUCAGGGGGGACAGGGAGGGGGGAGAGACAGGGGGGACAGGGAGGGGGGAGAGACAGGGGGGACAGGGGGACAGGGAGGGGGGAGAGUCAGGGGGGACAGGGGGACAGGGAGGGGAGAGAGUCAGGGGGGACAGGGAGGGGGGAGAGACAGGGGGGACAGGGAGGGGGGAGAGACAGGGGGGACAGGGGGACAGGGAGGGGGGAGAGUCAGGGGGGACAGGGAGGGGGGAGAGACAGGGGGGACAGGGAGGGGGGAGAGACAGGGGGGACAGGGAGGGGGGAGAGACAGGGGGGACAGGGAGGGGGGAGAGACAGGGGGGACAGGGGGACAGGGAGGGGGGAGAGUCAGGGGGGACAGGGAGGGGGGAGAGUCAGGGGGGACAGGGGGACAAGGAGGGGGGAGAGUCAGGGGGGACAGGGGGACAAGGAGGGGGGAGAGUCAGGGGGGACAGGGAGGGGGGAGAGACAGGGGGGACAGGGAGGGGGGAGAGACAGGGGGGACAGGGGGACAGGGAGGGGAGAGAGUCAGGGGGGACAGGGAGGGGGGAGAGUCAGGGGGGACAGGGGGACAAGGAGGGGGGGAGAGUCAGGGGGGACAGGGGGACAAGGAGGGGGGAAAGUCAGGGGGGACAGGGAGGGGAGAGAGUCAGGGGGGACAGGGAGGGGAGAGAGUCAGGGGGGACAGGGAGGGGAGAGAGUCAGGGGGGACAGGGAGGGGGGAGAGACAGGGGGGACAGGGAGGGGGGAGAGACAGGGGGGACAGGGGGACAGGGAGGGGAGAGAGUCAGGGGGGACAGGGAGGGGGGAGAGUCAGGGGGGACAGGGGGACAAGGAGGGGGGAGAGUCAGGGGGGACAGGGGGACAAGGAGGGGGGAGAGUCAGGGGGGACAGGGAGGGGAGAGAGUCAGGGGGGACAGGGAGGGGAGAGAGUCAGGGGGGACAGGGAGGGGAGAGAGUCAGGGGGGACAGGGGGACAAGGAGGGGGGAGAGUCAGGGGGGACAGGGAGGGGGGAGAGUCAGGGGGGACAGGGAGGGGGGAGAGUCAGGGGGGACAGGGGGACAAGGAGGGGGGAGAGUCAGGGGGGACAGGGAGGGGGGAGAGUCAGGGGGGACAGGGAGGGGGGAGAGUCAGGGGGGACAGGGGGACAGGGAGGGGGGAGAGUCAGGGGGGACAGGGGGACAGGGAGGGGAGAGAGUCAGGGGGGACAGGGGGGCAGGGAGGGGGGAGAGUCAGGGGGGACAGGGGGGCAGGGAGGGGGGAGAGGGGCUGUGCUCUGAAUGGACCGUUUUGUUUGGGGCCAGGGGCCGAGCCUCACAGAGGGAAAAUGCCACAACAGUUUACAGAGUUCAGAGUCUCACACACUACAGCCCACUGUUGA